GUACGCCGCAGUACUUGGCGCCGGAGGUCCUAGCACCCAACUCAGUCACUCCAGUAUGCUCGAGCAAUGGGAGCUACGAUGAGCGAGCUGAUGUUUGGAGCUUGGGUGUGAUACUCUUCGUCAUGCUGACUGGCCAUUACCCGUUCCGAAGCUCAGAGGAUCCCCUGUUCUGGGAAGGCCGCUUUUCCUUCCGCGGCAGCGGUCGCGCAGAGGAGCUCCUGCGAGGGCUGAUCAAGAAGAGGCCGGAGGAGAGGCUCUCUUUGGAGCAGUGCCUGAAGAGUGCCUGGGUCCUCGACAACAGCCGCAAGGCCCCUCCGUCGCCGCAGCGGCCGGUCACGAAGAGCCUGCAAGAGCUGCGCAUUCGGCUUCCGCAGGCACCCAAGAACGUCUCCAAGUUCAAGACCGAGUUGGAUAGCUUCUCACUGAAGCACAAGGUUUCAGCAUCCCUUCAAAUCCUGGAGGUUGUUGUUGCCUUCUGUGCCGAAGAGCCGGACAGCCCCCUAGAUGCUGUCUGGUCCGAGCUAUGGGAAGUUCUCCGGCAAAGCUGUCCGGAGCUGAAGUGGUCACGGUCGCUUUUCCCGGAGUGCAAGUCGUGGUCUCUGGAUGGCCCUGCCGAUCCCAUGCUGGAAGAGGAGCAGGAAGCCCUUGAGGCUAUCUACGCCGCAGACUUUGAGGUGCUCAACAGCUGUUCCUGGAUAAUCCAUGUUGGUUGUGGCACGGCGCUGCGCGUGGAGCUGCCCGCAGGGUAUCCAGCGUCGCGCCCACCCUGUGUCUGGGUGGAGUGUCCUCAUGGAACCGCACCCCCCGACAUCCAAGCCAGCUUGGAAGCCUGCUGGACCGGCUCUGAGUGUGUCUACGACAUGGCCGAGUGCCUGCGAGCGGCGGUGCACGCCGCACAGACCGGGGAGAAACCAGGCCUUCAAAUUGUGAGCAAAGCUGCAGACCCAGAUGUGGCUCCAGCACAAGCUCAAGCGAAGCUCUCCAUUGUGCACGGUGAGAUCUUGAUCGACAGGAAGUCGUCGUUCCAGGCUCACAUGGCUCACGUGUCGAGCAUCCAGGAGGUCGAGUCUGUGAGAGAUGCCCUGCUGCAAGACCGCAAAAUCAUGGCGGCUACGCACAACGUGGCAGCCUGGCGUUUUCGUUACACAGAUCCCGCGAUAUGGGAGGAUUUCACUGACGACGGUGAAGCAGGAGCCGGGAGACGCUUGUUGGCAGUGCUCAAGAAGCGCGGGGAUAAAGACAUCGUCGUCAUCGUCACUCGGUGGAGAGGCAUCAUUCACUUGGGUGUGGACCGGUUCAGGAACUACUGCAAGGCAGCAGUGCAGCUGCUGGAAAACGAGGAUGGAGGGCGCCAGGGGAGCAAGAAGAGAGGACAGUGA